UCCCACAUUCACCAUAAUUUCCUAUUCCAAUAGAAAAAGAAAUUAACAAAGAAUGAAGCCUCAAACUCCAAAAACACUGAAGAAGCGGCUGAAUGAGGAGCAAGUGCGGCUGCUAGAAGCCAGCUUCGACGCUGCCAAGAAGCUCGAGCCGGAGCGCAAGUUCCAGCUGGCGCGGGACCUCAGGGUCCCGCCCCGCCAGAUUGCCAUCUGGUACCAGAACAAGCGCGCCCGCUGGAAGAACCAGAGCCUCGAGUUAGACCACGGCGUCAGCCAGGUCCGGCUCGAGGCCGCGCUGGCCGAUAAAAGAGAGCUCGAGAAGGAAGUAGACAUGCUUCGCGCUGAGCUGAGGCGAGCUCAGGACAUGUUGAUCGCCGGCGGUCGGGUGUCGGCGGUUUCCAGCUGCUGCCACGAGGGUGGCGGCUCGAGCCUUAACGAUGACUCGGCUAACUGGCCGAAUGUGGAAGAGCUAUAUGCUUGUUUGAUGCCAAAGGGGCAAAAUUGUCCGGUUUCCGAAGUUAUCAAUGAGAGAGAUUAUUGGGUGUAACUUAACUUACUAUUUUUAGUACCAUCAUCGGUUUAAUAAAGUGUGAUAAUGUUAAUUUUGUUUGGAUCA